CAUGAGAGUGAGGUGGGCGUCCUGGCUCCUGAUUGGCCUCUGCCAGGAAGACAUCUGUAGCCAAAGAUGAGUUUGGGCAAAGUAGUCGCUUGUUCCUUUAGCCAUGGAAAAGCAGAGCCACAGUGAGGCGGGAGUAAUCUCAUCUGAGUCUCACUCCCAUGUUAAAUUGUUGAAAAUCCAUCGGGAACUUCUGGUCACCCACAUCCGCAACACCCAGUGUCUGGUGGACAACUUGCUGAAGAAUGACUACUUCUCUUCUGAAGAUGCGGAGAUCGUGGGUGCCUGCCCCACACAGCCCGACAAGGUCCGCAAAAUUCUGGACCUGGCACAGAGCAAGGGCGAGGAGGUGUCUGAGUUCCUCCUCUACGUGCUCCAGCAACUCACAGAUGCUUACGUGGAUCUCAGGCCUUGGCUGUCGGAGACUGGCUUUUCCCCCUCAGAGCUCAUUCAGAGCAAAGUUGUCGUCAACACCGACCCAGUGAGCAGGUACACGGAGAAGCUGCGACAGCAACUGGCCCGUGAUUCCAAGUUCGUCCUGUGCUAUGCCCAGAAGGAGGAGCUGCUGCUGGAGGAGACGUACAGCGACACCAUCGUGGAGCUGGUGGGCUUCAGCAACGAGAUCCUGGGCCCGCUGGAGAGCCUGAGCUGCCUCCUGGACCACCGCACCGGGGUCCUCAGCGAGCAGGGCGAGACCAUCUUCAUCUGCGGGGACGCGGGCGUGGGCAAGUCCAUGCUGCUGCAGCGGCUGCAGAGCCUGUGGACCUCGGGGCGGCUGGACACCGAGUUCAAGUUCUUCUUCCACUUCCGCUGCCGCAUGUUCAGCUGCUUCAAGGAGGGCGACACACUGUGCCUGCGGGACCUGCUCUUCAAGCAUUACUGCUACCCGGAGCAGGACCCCGAGGAGGUGUUCGCUUUCCUGCUGCGUUUCCCCCAGACGGCCCUCUUCACCUUCGACGGCCUGGACGAGCUGCACUCAGACUUCGACCUGAGCAGCGCACUGGACACCUGCUCCCCCUGGGAGCCCGCCCACCCCCUGGUCCUGCUGACCAACCUGCUCAGUGGGAAGCUGCUCAAGGGGGCCGGCAAGCUGCUCACGGCCCGCACGGGCGUGGAGAUCCCGCGCCAGCUCCUCCGCAAGAAGGUGUUCCUGCGGGGCUUCUCCCCUAGCCACCUGCGCGCCUACACCAAGAGGAUGUUUCCCGAGCGCGCCAUGCAGGAGCGCCUGCUGGCCCAGCUGGAGGCCAACCCCAACCUCUGCAGCCUGUGUGCCGUGCCCCUUUUCUGCUGGAUCAUCUUCCGCUGUUUCCAGCAUUUCCACAGCGUUUGGGAGGGCUCUGCGCAGCUGCCCGACUGCACGGUGACCCUGACCGAUGUUUUCCUGCUGGUCACCGAGGUGCACCUGAACAGGACACAGCCCACCAGCCUGGUGCAGCGGAACACGAGAGGCCAGACUGAGACAUUCCACGCCGGACGGGGCACCUUGCACUCGCUCGGGCAGGUGGCCCAUGGCGGCAUGGAGAAGAGCCUCUUUGUGUUCCGCCAGGAGGAGGUGCAGGCAGCCGGGAUGCAGGAGGGGGAGCUGCAGCUGGGCUUCCUGCGGGCCGUGCCUGAGCAGGGCCUGGGCGGGGACCAGCAGUCCUACGAGUUUUUCCACAUCACCCUCCAGGCCUUCUUUACUGCCUUCUUUCUCGUGGUGGACGACAAGGUGGGCACUGGGCAGCUGCUCAGGUUCUUCCAGGAGUGGGCUCCUGCUGGGGGGGCGGGAGCCGAAUCCUGCUAUCCCCCCUGUCUCCCCUUCCCGUGCCUGAAGGGUGGUGGCCUGGCAGGGGAGGACCCCUUCAAGAACAAGGAUCACUUUCAGUUCACUAACCUCUUCCUGUGCGGGCUGUUGUCUAAGGCCAAACAGAAACUCCUUCGGCACCUGGUCCCCGCUGCUGCCUUGCGGAGAAAGCGCAAGGCCCUGUGGGCACACCUGUUUGCCAGCCUGCGGGCUCACCUGCAGAACCUGCCCCGCGUGAAGUCUGGGGCCUUCAACCAGGUGCAGGCCAUGCCCACCUUUGUCUGGAUGCUGCGUUGCAUCUACGAGACUCAGAGCGAGAAGGUGGGGCAACUGGCAGCCAAGGGCAUCUGCGCCAACUACCUCAAGCUGACCUUCUGCAACGUGUGCUCGGCGGACUGCAGUGCCCUCUCCUUCGUCCUGCACCAUCUCCGCAAGCGGCUUGCGCUUGACCUGGACAACAACAAUCUUAACGACUACGGUGUGCGGGAGCUGCAGCCUUGUUUCAGCCGCCUCACUGUCAUCAGACUCAGUGUAAACCAGAUCACAGACAGUGGGGUGAAGGUGUUGUAUGAAGAGCUAACCAAAUACAAAAUCCUGACCUUCUUAGGCCUGUACAACAACCAGAUCACUGAUGUGGGAGCCAGGUACAUCGCCAGGAUCCUGGACGAGUGCAAAGGCCUCACGCACCUCAAACUGGGGGAGAACAAAAUAACGAGUGAAGGAGGAAAGUGCCUGGCUGUGGCUGUGAAGAACAGCAAAUCAAUCCUCGAAAUUGGGAUGUGGGGCAACAGAAUCGGUGAUGAAGGAGCAAAGGCCUUUGCGGAGGCUCUGAGGAACCACCCCAGCCUGACCAACCUGAGUCUUGCAUUCAACGGCAUCUCCAGAGAAGGAGGAAAGAGCCUCGCACAGGCCCUUGAGCAGAACACCUCUCUGAGAAUAUUCUGGCUCACCAAAAAUGAAUUGGAUGACGAAGUGGCAGAGAGCCUGGCAGAGAUGUUGAAAGUCAACCAGACGUUGAAACAUUUAUGGCUUAUCCAGAACCAGAUCACAGCCAAGGGGAUUGCCCAGCUGGCAGAUGCCUUACAGAGGAACACUGGCAUCCUGGAGAUCUGCCUAAACGGAAAUUUGAUAAAGCCAGAGGAGGCCAAAGUCUUUGAAGACGAGAAGCGGAUCAUCUGCUUCUGAGAGGCCGCUUCCACGUGUG